GAGGGGGACUGGAGGGGGGGGAGAGAAGGCCUCCGAGUUCUCUGGGAGGUGGACUGGGUCCGAGGCCCCCCGACGGCCUGAGGUGGGGCUCUGGGUUCGAGGCCGCCCGCCACUGACCAGCACCGUGGCUCAGACAGGUCACGGCCUGGGGGGCCUCAGUUUCCCUCCGGCAUGGAUCACGGGGCGGCCUCGCGGACCGCGGGCCCUAUGUGUCUACCCCGCUGAAAUGUAGGCUCCGGGAGGGAGGGACUUUAUUUUGUCCACUGUUGUAUUCGCAGUUAUUUUAACAAAUACUUUUCAGAGGGCCUUCUCGAGCCCUACAAGGGGCUGGAUAUUGGGGCUUCCACCGGGAGCCAAGUCCAGUCCUGCCUACAUUCUGGGGCUGGGGACAGCGCUGUAAACACAAAGGAGAUCACUGCGGGAUGAAGAAAAUGAAAACAGGAGCGAGGGGGCUGCUGGGUGGGUCACCUUAGAUCAGACCACCUUAGUGACCAGGACCACCUUAGAUAUAGUGAUCAGGACAGGCCUCUCAGAUUAUGUUACUUAAAGACCACAAAUAAACUGUGUGACAAGUGCUAGAAGGGAAAAGCAAGAAGCGAUGAGGGCAUUUAACUCUGACCUAGCCUUAGAGGGCAGGGAGCUGAGGUCUGAAGAGUGAUGAUCAGGACAGUGGGACUGAGGUCCUUGAACUGCUUAUAGUGUGGGGGGUGGAUUAUCAGGUGUCAGGGAAGGCUUCCUGGAGGAGGUGGUGGUUUCAUUUGGCCCCAAAGGCUGAGUAGUUUUCAUCCUUUAGGAUGGGUUGACUGGGUUUGAGAAUUCUUUUGCAGGUGCCCUGGAAACCACGUGGUCAAAGGGCUGAGCUGUGUGGCCAGACAAGAGAGGCCCCUGCCCCUGCCCAGUGAGCUCUGCUGUUCUCAGGGGAGCCAUGAAGCUGAACGAGAGGAGUGUGGCCCACUAUGCACUGAGUGACUCUCCAGCAGACCACACAGGCUUCCUGCGCACUUGGGGGGGCGCAGGGACUCCACCCACCCCCAGUGGCACUGGCCGAAGGUGCUGGUUUGUCCUCAAAGGCAACCUGCUGUUCUCCUUUGAGGGUCGAGAUGGCCGGGCCCCGCUGAGCCUGGUGGUGCUGGAGGGCUGCACAGUGGAGCUGGCCGAGGCUCCUGUGCCUGAAGAGUUUGCCUUUGCCAUCCGCUUCGACGCCCCUGGAGUGCGUCCACACCUGCUUGCGGCAGAUGGGCCAGCGGCCCAGGAGGCCUGGGUGAAGGCGCUGUCCAGGGCAAGCUUUGGCUACAUGCGCCUGGUGGUACGUGAGCUGGAGAGCCAGCUGCGUGAUGCCCGCCACAGCCUGGACCUCCAUCGCCGCUCAUCCUGGAAGGCCGUUCCCAGCCGUCGUAAGCCCCAGGCUCCUGACCACUGGUCUCCUGGCCUGGAGAACGGCCACUCCCUCUCCAGAGAUUGCAGCCCUAUGAGCUUGGUGGAAGAAGGGGGCAGCAGGCCAGCAGGGCGGGGCUUGGCCGAGUGGGAGUUGCAGGGCCCUGCCGGCCUCCUCCUAGGCAGGGGGCAGAGCCCAGUGUCCCCUGAGACCUCCUGCUUCUCCACCCUACACGACUGGUAUGGCCAGGAGAUUAUGGAGCUGAGGCGGGCAUGGCUGCAGAGGGCCCAGGGGAGCCAGCCAGAAUUCGAGGAACAGAAUAGGCCCUGAGCCUGGGCUUUUUGGGUUCAGCCCUUGUCCUGCUGGUCAGGACACCAGGGCCAGUGCUUUGUCAAGAGUUUAAUGUUUACUGGUUUCUGAAGUUGCUUUUUGAGGUGAAUUCUCUCCUUCCUGGUUUUUAGGCUUUCUCCAGGUUCCAAAUCCACACUCACGCCCAGAGGGGACUGAGGAAUCAUUAACUUUCAACCCCUUUAUUUCCUGAGGCCCAGAGAGGAAUGGUGGCUUGCUCAGCAGCCGCAGACCUAGGUCUCCUGACUCUGCCCCUCUCUCAGGAGAUAUUAAUGAAAUGGAGGAAGCAGGGAAUAUUAUAUGACCACAGGCCAUUCUGCCUUUCACCUACACAUGAUUCUAUAGACACAAUUUCCAAAUGGGGAAUCUUGUAUAACUACCAGAACUCGGCUGCAGUGUUGGCUUGAGGGACUGGCAUUCUCAGAAAAAGUGGAUUUACUGUGUCACGGGGUUUUCUGGGGCCCAGCUCAUCCCGAGUGGUGAGAAGAUUGGAACCCCCACUCUGCAAGUCGGACAGGGCCCUUUAGCAGGACGGGGCAUUUAGCCAGUAAAGAGGGAUUUAUUCUGCUCAGAAAGUGUCAGGGCCCCAUCUUCUUUGCCUGGCUGCCCUGUCAACAGACGAUGCUGGUCAUUGCCCCAGGAGGGGCCAGUAGCUUUUAUAUGUCAGCAGAAAUCCUUCUUGUGCUCUGUCCUCAGCUGCCAAGUAGGAAGCUGAAGUGAAGAAGCAGUGAGGCUCCCCUGCGAAAGCCAGCUUCUUACUUUGGUUUUCAGUCCUGGGCAUUCUAGGAUCUUGGGCACAGGAUUCCUGGCACCCUGUGAUAAACUCUUCUCUCUUGGUUGGGCUCUCAAAGAGAUGAUCCUGGUCCUGAACCCCCUAGGAACUCGUUCACCGUCUGCUCAUCACCCAGUGUGUAUCUGCCAAGACCCUGUGGUUCCUGCACUCACCAGCAUGGCACCAAGCAUUUUCUUUAUCCAUUGUUCUGAGAGGAAAAGUGGCUGGUUGGACAGAGCCAGAGGCCAAAUCAGCUUGAUAGCCUGGGGGUGUGGUGGCUGUGGCUGGAUGGAAGAUGCAGAGCCUGGUCCAGGCAUCCACCUCCUCCAAUAUACACGAUCUCCCCCUUCUUAGCCUCUCUCCCUUACUGGGGCCUUGAACAGCCUGAGGCUAGAGGCUUCAGCUCAGAGCCUCUUAAGCCCAGGAGGCUGAGAUGCUGCCCAGCGUCCUGGACCAGUUCCUAAGAAGCCAGGCUUGUUUCCCAAGAAGAGGAGCCACCUUUCCAGCCCUGUACGGGAGCCCCACAGCCCCAAUGCGUCUUGUUUUACACACAGAUACUACAGGCUUUUUGUUAUCUUAUUGUUAUAGUGCUUUUUAUACGAUUAAAACUAUGUUUUUUUAUUAUUCA